AUGAGCAGCUUGAAGGCAACAAGAUUUGUACUCGUGGCAAUAUUUGUGUUAUCAUGUGUGUUUAUGAACAUUAUGAAGGUGGAAGCUCAAAAAAGAAUUGGAUAUCCAGCAAUAGGACGUGGUCGUGCACCAGGAUGUAGUCCUAAAUAUCCUUCAACAUGUCGACCAAAACAACCGGUAAAUCAGUAUAAGCGAGGAUGUAACAAAAAUACAAGAUGUAAACGCAUCGGUAAUGGGAAAGGCCAAGCAGCUCUUCGGAACAAUAUAUAA